AUGCCAUUUUCCAUGCUUUCCUCACUCUCACCAUUCCCCAAUGCCAUAUCUCUCUCUUCAGUGCCUUUGUCUCGCUUGACCAGACCCCAAAUAUCAUCCAAAUUGCUUCCACCUCUCCUCCAACGUCACAUCGUUCUAGGCUGUGGGCAAGUAUCGGUUGAUCUCUUGGCCACUGUUCCUUCUUUCCCUAACCCAGACGACAAAAUCAAGAGCAUUAACUUAAAGCUAGUGGUGCUCAUUGGGAACGGACCAAGUGCCGUCGACAUUUUGAAAGAGAUCUCUCCUCUUGCAAAACAAGUUCACAUGGCUGUUAGAACACCUUUUAAGUUGUUAAAGAUUGAAUGUGCGUAUAAAGAUGGUAAUGUAGAGAAUUUCAAGAUGGAACAAUCGUUGAUGCAGAUGUAUAAAUACCAUUAUCCAUUUCUCAAGUCAAACGGGAUAGUUACUGUAGAUGACAACCGUGUUGGACCUCUGUAUAAACACGUUUUCCCGCCCACUUUAGCCCCUUGGCUUUCUUUCGUGGGACUAAUUUACAGGGUGGUGAUCUUUAAAGUGAUGGAAUUACAAGCGAAAUGGGUGGCAAAAGUUUUGUCAGGUACGUUGGAGCUGCCGUCCCAAAAAGACAUGGCAUCUUCGGUCGAACAACUUUACAGGCAGAUGGAGAACACUGAAUUGCCCAAGCAUCAUACUCAGCCUUGA